AUCUCGGAAGUAAACAAAAUAAAAAGCUAUGGCGGCCUUAGAAGUGGGUGUUACCACUGACGAGCUACGGAUAAGCGACGGAACACUUAAUUUAGACUCACCAGAAGUGAGUGAAAGCCUUGAAGAAAUUGAUUCAAAAGAAGCAGAGGCUCUUGUUGAAGAUGAAGAUACCAGCAUUGAAAUGUUGUCUGUACCGUGCAGCGAUGAAUCGGCCGCACAGUCUCCUACAGACCCGGAAGAACAGAAAUUAUCGGGGUGGUUGAAACUUGUAAGUGUGGGUUUGGGAUUUCGAAAAACUAUUAAACACGUGUGGUUUGUUUAUGGAGAGGACACUGGAAAAUUGUAUUAUUAUCGUCAACCACAAGAUUUGCUUCCAUUAGGAGAAAUUGACCUCAGAACGUCAUCAUUAACAUACGAUGCAAGCAACGUUGACAAGCCUGGUUUGUUUGAAAUACGAUGCGAGAACCAAGUCUUUCAAAUCGAGGCCCAAGACCGUGUCUACAUGCUGUACUGGCUGGAUGCAUUGCAGAAGAAGAGAAGAUUAUUUAGCUUGAGACAAUCCAAUCUGGCGCAGGAUUUUUUUAUGGGCAAAAAGAAACAGUUAGUGGCUAAUGGUCUGCUUGGCAGAGAUUCCACUGAUGGGAAUGAUGAAUUGUGUCCAGCUGAAAAUAAUUCAGAUAACUCCUCAAAGUUUUCAUUGCUGGAUCUUCGGAAAGAAAUAAGGAAUGCUGUGUCCACAAUACGAGCUUCGGCCAGUGAUACCUCCUUAAACAGAAGUUCAACAGCAUUGAGUGAAGACUGGUCCCUAGUGGACGACAUGUCCACUGCCCCACACACGUUCACAUCAGAAUCAAACAACAAACAAAACACAAACCGACCAAACAGCUUUUCUGGCAGGUCAGAAGACAUUUUAGGGGAUACUGCCCCAUCACACUCAGAGCAAACAAUUAUCCUAGAAAACUACAUGAGGUCACAUGACUUGCACAACUGGAACAACAAUAAGCCUGUGACCUCACAGAAUAAACCAAUGAAACCACAGGUCUCCAGCUCCGCCAAUGGCAAGCCUAGUAAAUUCAUUUCUGCAUUAAAAAGCAAUUUCAAAAUGAUGAAGGAAUCUGUCAAAGAGAGGAACCAGCGCUCUAACCCAUCCAGUCGGCACAAUUCAACAGGCUCCCAGUCCUGUUAUAAAUGUAUGGUGCUUGCAGAAGAUUUGGCUUCUAAAGAAGAAUACAUUAAGUCAACAGAAGAAGAACUGCAUGCCAACAAUGAGAUCAUCAAGUUGCUGCAGAAAGAGUUAGCUGUCAUGACUGCUGAGAUAAACACAAGGAAAGAAUGUGAGGGUAAAGAUGAAGAUGCAAUUCAACAAAUAUUGAAACAAAAAGACAAACAUAUCAUUGAAUUGGAAUACAGCAGAACUGUACUCCUAGAGGAAAGAAGCACACUAAAACAGGACAACAGAUUGCUGGAAAAUGAACUCAAAGAUCUCAGCGACCAGAUAUCCAUGUUCAAAACCACGAUUGCAGUCAAAGAUGAAAUGAUUGUGAGCCUGACCAAUCAGAAUCAAGAACUCAGAAGCAACCAAUCACUGGGCAUGGAAGAUAAAUCUAACCUUGUAAGGUCAUUUCCUAUUGAUCCCAUUUCUCUGGCUGCAGAGAGGAAGGAGCAGGAGAGAUUGGCUGAUGCAUGUAAGGCUUAUGAAAUACAAAACCAAUUUCUGACUAAAGAAAUUUUGGCACUGAAUGAAUUAAGACAACAUGAUGAAACCAGGCAAAAGUUUCUUAAUAUGAACAUAGCCAAACUGGAGGCUCAGUACUAUCAGACACGCAGUAAAUAUCUGUUUCUUUUAAAUGAAAAACAAGUGCCAGUCAGAGAUUUGAAACAAAAAUUAUUUGACUUUAUUAAUAGAUUUGCCAGAGGUGGUGAUGAGAACAAUUCACAGGAUGUGGUCAACCAGCUAUUACAGGAAGCCCUGGAAGCUGAAGUCACUGAGGCACAAGAAGAUGUGGCUAAAACAUUUAUCUCUUCACAGAACAAAGAAUAUGAUCAGUAUGGUUUCCUAAAGUUUGACCUUCAAGACAGUGAUGUGCUUCUCUCUCGGGCCAAUAUUUUAUCAAGGCAAUCUCUAGAAAUGGAAUACCAAAUUAGGGAUGCUGAUGAAGAAACUUCUAAAAAGAUAAAGUGGGAAAACUUUAUGGUGGGUCAGUCAAUUGCCAAACCAUUAGUUCGCUCACCAGAUUUAAAGUUACUUAUCAGGCUCGGCAUUCCUCAUGAAUAUAGAGAGAAGAUAUGGAAAGGUUGUAUUGAUUUCUAUGUAAAGUCAACUAGAGACAAACUUGGAGCUAAAUAUUACAAAGAAUUAUCAGAAAGAGCAAACAAUAACAAAUCCAAUCCAGCCAUUAAACAGAUUCAGCUUGAUCUUUUACGGACACUGCCUGACAAUCGUUAUUUUGAUAAAAUUGACUCUCCUGGCAUCUCAAAGUUAAGAAGGGUUUUGUUAUGUUACAGUGUACACAAUCCUCUUAUUGGAUAUUGCCAGGGAAUAAAUCGUAUUGCUGCCAUUGCCUUGUUAUUUUUGAGGGAAGAAGAUGCCUUCUGGUGUCUGGUUGCCAUCAUUGAACAUUUAAUGCCUGCUGAUUACUACACUACUACAUUAGCAGCUGCUCAGGCAGACCAGAGAGUACUAAAAGACCUGGUGAAAGAGAAAUGCGCUGCACUGAACACACACUUGGAGGAAAAAGAUGUGGACCUUUCCCUCUUCACCUUUAACUGGUUUCUGACAGUCUUCAUUGACGGCAUCCGUCCUGAGCUCUUUCUGCGUAUCUGGGAUGUCUUCCUAUACGAGGGCAGCAAGAUAAUGUUCCGUUAUGCAUUGGCAUUUUUAAAAUAUGCCGAAGAUGACAUUUUGAAACAGCCUAACAGCUUAGCAACCAAUCGUUAUAUGAGAACACUAGGGGAGAGUAUCACAGAUGUGAAAAGAAUUUAUCAGAUUGCCUUUCAUGAAUUAAACCCAUUCCCCAUGCGUGCCAUCUCAAACAAAAGACAGUACCAUUUACAACAAGUGAAGAUUGAAUUAGAGGAGCUUGAAAAAGUGAGAAAAGACAUGAGAUCGGCUCAUGCUGGAGAUGAAGAAUGUAGCCAGAACAAACAAGGUUAUUUUAGUGAGGAUGACCAAGAAUGAGAACAGGAAGAAUGUUGCCAGAACAAGCAAAGCUUUUUUUAGUGAGGCUGACCAUGAAUGAGAAUAAAACAGAAUGUCUAUAAUUUAUUUAUUACGUUAAAAAAAAUUUUUUUUUGAAUGGCUGAUUUUUUUUAAAAAGAUUGUGUGAUGUUAACAGAGUAAUUAAUGCCAACAUUUUUUAUUUGUUUUUAUACUUUACAGUUUAUGUUACAAAUAUGUUUUUUUGAAGAAUACCCAGAAUUCCUUUAUUUUUUAUUUAUUUUCUUCCCCCUAUACAAAUAAAAUGAAUGCCUUACAAAUUAAGUUUAAAACUGUGACAAGUAUUAUAUUUUUUUCAGUGUCAACUGUGAUAGAAGUUUAAAUAUUGCUCAUUGUAUAAUUCAUGCAUAUCUAUGCUCCUCAUUGUACAUCUGACAUUUUAUUCAUAAAGAUGAAGAAAUCAAACAGUCUUCAAAAAGUCUAAUUUAUUUUGUGUAAAUAUGAUAUUGCCAGCUUAAUUCCAAGAGUUUCAAAAUGUCCAUAAAACAUCUUCCUGUAGACUUAACUUGAAUAUAAAAUGGCGUUCUACAGUUUACUGCUCAAUUAACUACUUAACAUAUAACAUUAUUUCCAUUUUCUUCAUCAAACCUCUUUUUAAGGCUUUAGGCAGAAGGAAAUGAGAAGUAAGCUUUUGAUCUUGAGAAAGAAAGAAAUUUUUAAAAAUGUUGUUGAAUGGUCUUUUGAAAUAGAAACUGUAGGGAACAGCCAAUUGUUUUGGUUAUGUUUUUCUGUUAAACUAUAUGUUAUUAGAAUCCCUUCAUUUAAAAAAUAUAAUUGUAUGGAAAAAGUUGUGUUUAACUGUUUUAUAUUCAUCAAUGUUGAGGUAUCUAUACCAUAUUCUAGUGAUUAGUUAGCAUUACUUUUCACUGAAUACCUUUUUAAACUAGGACAUUUUAAUACAUUUUUAAAUCUAAUGAUAUAUGUUGUAAGUUAAAAUACAUUUGUGAAAAAAAUGCAUUUGCUUUGUUAAUCAAUUUUUGUUUCCUUUUUCUCAAAAUCACACAUUUUUCACCUUGAUACAUAAUAUUUAAUAAUACAAAAUUUGGUAGUUUUGUUAAAAAUAGAUGUUGUUAUGAAGGCUUAUGUAUUUAUAUUUUAGUACACAAAUGUGCAUUAUUGUAAUAGCAGUAAAAAUCAAAAUAGGUCAUUUUUUUUUUUUUUAGUUCUACUUUUAGUUAUUUCAGAAUGAUUCUGUGUUUAGAUUUCUUAAAAGGUUAUAAAAAAAUGUCCAGAUUUAAUUAAAGUGUACUCUUAAAACAAUACUUUGAUUAUGAAACAAGUUAUUUGAUUUUACAAAAUGUAUUUUUUUUUUGUGGUAAUUUCUCAGCAUAGAAUCAUAAAUGUUGAAGCCAAUUAAAAGAAAAUAACUAUGUACUAACAACAUAAGUAUGACUUUUAUAGUAUGAUAUAAAAACAAGUUUGAGUUUUUGAAUAAAAACUAAUUGUCAUAUAAGUACUGUGCAUCAAUUUUUUUGCCUUUUUUUUUUUAUAAAGACUCUAGAGAACACAUUUGAAGUUCAACUGAUACAAAAUCAUUAGUACAUUUGAAGUUCAACUGAUUCAGUCACACAUUUUUUGUUUUAGUUUCUACAAUAAUAGUCCACUAUUUCAUAUUCAACUUUCAUGGUUUGUUCAAUAAAUCCCUUUUCCUGAUUGUUUCUGCAUUUAAAUGAGGUUAUGUAUCAAAUUUAACCAAAGGAACUCCUUUGCAAAAUAACACUUAGGAAUAGACCCAAGGUUUGUGCUCAUUAUAAUUGUGUUUGACAUGACAAGAUUUAAUUAUAAAAACAAGUGAUAUAUUUGUUUUCUAAACCAUGAACCUGCUGUUAAUUGUUUAGAAUUUUUUAAAACAAUGCCUUAUUCUAUUCUAUUUCUAAGAUUUCUAAAAUUGUUAACUUGUUAUCUUCAAUUUAGUUUUUCUUGAACACUAACAGAAUGUUCAUCUUUUGUGUAUAUUUUGUAAAUGUGUUUUUUUGUUUAUAAUGGAACAUUGUUGCUCAUUGAAUUUUCCAUCAAGAUGUUUUUUUGUUUAUACAAUUUUAUUUGUGUUUUAAUUUAGGUUUUCAACAGUAUUUCCAAAAGAUAUUUUGAAUAUUUCUUUGUGCACAAGAGGCAGUGGUCAAUAAAUACUUUGCUCUUUGUCCACAUUCUUGCAUAAUACAUUUUUUUUUCUUGUUUGUAUAUAUUUUUCAUUCAAAUUACAUAACACCUUUUCUUAAACAACAUCCAUGCCUGGUUAAAGUUUGAUUUUGUAUGAUUGUUUAGAUUAAACGUAGAAAGAUAAUUGAUGCCUAAAGGCCAAGUGUAAAUAUUUGAAAUGUUUAGGAUCACUUAGUUAUAUUGGUCUUUUAUAUUGUUGUUUUUUUUUACUUAUCUAUAAAACAAAAUUAUUUUGAGUCGUUGCAGAAUAUCAAUUUUAAGCUGCUAAUAGCGGUGUGCUAUGCUAUGAUAGGGAUCUUUUAUUUCAACAUUGAUUAAUAAAUGGUUGCAGGUAAUAAAUACAUCAUUAAUACUAAAGAUACUAUUGCCACAUUAAAUUACUAUUACUAUUGCUUAAAGGAUUUUUUUCCUGUAGACCAGCAUUUCCCAAACAUUUUCCAUAACGGAACACUUUGCACAUUCUGAGUAUUUAGUGAAACCUUUUGCUUAUUUUUUUUUUUAGAAAGAUUAAUUCAUUCACCUUGUGCCCUACUAGUUAACUAUUUCAGUAAUUUUUGAAACACCUAUUCAGUACUCAUGGAACACUAGGAUUCCGUGGAACACAGUUUGGGACAGCUGUAGAGACUUAAAAAAACAGGAAAUAAUUUUAGCUCUAUUUAAACUGAACAAAAUUGUUUUGAGCUCUUUAGACACUGAAGAAUUCUGCUUGACAUUGACAGUUAGACAUGUACAUGAUGUUGAUAUAUAAGUAUGUUCAAUUGUUCUACCUACUGGUAUUUUCAAAAGUAGGAUUGGAUUUCUCAACAUUUUGUUUUGUAUAAAUAAUAAAGAGUGCAAUCUACAAAA